GUUUCUUGAAAUCGUGUGGUUUCCACGUAAUAAGAUUAUUAGGCCGUCGGUUACUGCCUCAGUUGCUGGAGCUGAAAGUGCAAGUCCUUUUCCCCAAGUGACAAGUACCUAUAAAAUGUCGAAAGUCUUUAAAGCUUUCAAGAAAGCGAUCGUCAAAGAGGGCGAGUUCAAGAAGUUUUUCAGAAAACACACGCCAGGAAGCCGUAUCUUUCCACCGAAAGCAGGAAAUAAUGACGCCACGUUUCAGCUCCGAUUCGAUGCCGGGGAAGUUGUUAAUGGCAUGAAAAACGUUUACCUUCAAGUCAACAGCCAGGCCACAAAUGAUGCACUCAAGAAGUUCCGUGGGAAGCACGGCACGCACGCGAACAUUGCCACGGCGCAAAUCAAAGAAGACACGCCACCAGAGGAGCAACAAGAUGUCAUAAACGAUAUGUUAGAUCAAAUUGAAGAUCAAUUUAAGGAGAUAAUCAAUUAGAGGGUAGUUCACCAGUGGCCAAGGCAGUUAUUCAUUCCAUAUCUACACUGAACCAGGCUGACAUGAGCGGAGUUUGAUUCCUUUAAACGUUUUCC